GCUGAAAGCUUGGAUUUCGAUCUACUUUCUGCCGUACUGUGACUCAGUGUGACUGUGUGUGUCCGUUGUUACAGAACGCUCAUGAUUCUGGUAUUGGAUUUUUUGCUCUUCACACUGUACUGUCAUAUUAAGAAAGAAGAAAGUAUUGGCCCUGGGUAUCUGGUUGAAGAGACAAACCUGACUUCUGAAGCAGACAUCAUAAAUUCAUAAGUAGAUUCUAGAUGGUAAAGUAAAGGAUCACAGAAUUAGAAGAAUGGAUGCAGAUUUUACAGAGGACAGGGACUCAAAUAAUGAUGAGCCUGUGCAUCUAACAGACAUUUCGAUGAAUGUGCCUCGGUUCACAGGCACAAGACUCGAUCCUGUUGCAUCCACUUCUGGGACUGCCACAAGGCCUAGAUCUACUGCUGAGGUAGAGUUGUUGACCGACAGUGGACGCCCAGCGAACACCAACGAGCUAGUUGGUAUGCUGAAAAAUGCUGGCACUGAGCUGACUGUGAAAUACAUUACUGGGGAAUUAACGUUUGAAGAGUUCUGCCAAGAGCUAGACGAGAAAACAAAAUCAGAAGCCCCACCAUCAGCUGUGAGAGACGUACCACGACGGGCCGAGGCGUACACGCCAAACAUCCCGGCAUUUGAUCAGCUGCUGGAAGAUGACGGGUCAGAGGAGGAGGAGGAGGAGGAGGACGAUGCUGCUGGGGCUGACGAGGAAGAUCUCAGUGAAGAGGAUGCUGACUUUGUCGACGCGGGAGAAAUGGAUGAUCGUCGGGACCAAGAGUGGGUUCCUGACGAAGAUGAGAUGAAAAGUUUGAAAAACAUGAAAGGUCCGAGGAAGAGAAAGCUUGAUGGGUCUGACGUAAUGGUGCGCAAGUAUCGAAAGCCUCGACGUAAACCACACGAGCUGCCUAAGCAUUUGGUGGGUGCCCAGGGGAAAGCCAUGCUGCUCAGAGCCCAGGGCCACACAGAGGAGGCAAUCAUGCUGCUCUUCGAUAUCAUCAAUAAAGCUCCCAAAGCUGCAGCUCCAUACCAAGCCCUGGGAUCUAUCCAUGAAGAGAAAGGAGAUGUGAAGCAAGCCUUGAAGUUUCUACUGGUUGCUGCUAACCUUCAGAGAGCUGAGCCAAAGCAGUGGUUUGAGCUCAUAGACAUGUGUAUGAGACUCAAUGAUGAGAAACUGGCCUUGACCUGCUAUCAAAGAGCUAUGAAAGCGAGGAGAAACAGACAAGACAAGCUGGAAAUUCAGAUGCACAAGAGUGCGUUCUACGAAAAGCUUGAUCAGCCGCAGAAAGCCAUGCAGUGCCAGGAGAAUGUUCUGUCCUACAUGGACAAGAGUCAGCCAGAUGAGAUAUUGGCCUUUGCCAGAUCUCUGACCCACGAGUACAUGAAUCAGCAGAAUGUGUCCGCAGCAAUUGGCGUGUUACAGUUCAUUCAUAAACAGCUGCCUAAGUCGAUCGAUGCCGAGGAUAUUCAUCUCCUUGUCGAGCUCUUGAUGUCCCAACAAUCCUAUGAGAAAAGCCUAGAGAUCCUGAUCGUGCAUUGUGGUGUCAAGGUCGUUGUCUCGGGUCGAUCUCCAACUUCUGAAGAGAUUCCAGGGAUUAUUGCCGACUUGUCUUCAAAGACGGAAGUUUUAGAAAAGGUAGAAGUGCCUGACCUUAUGCCAGUAGAUUUGAGGUCAAAGCUUGUCCAAAGUUUUGUCUCAGCAAAGUUUUUGCCAGAUUUCAGUGCCUUGAAGGGAGUAAUAUCUGGUCUGACAGACGCAGACGUGGAGGAGUUUGGAGACAUCCACUACGACAUCGCUGAGACCAUGGUGGAGUGCGGCUACCACGAGGACGCCAGGCCAAUCCUUCAGAACUUGGUCAAGUCAGAAAAAUUUAGCAAGGCAGAGGUGUGGCUGACCUACGCCCACUGUCUGAACGCGCUGGGCAACAUCCAGGCCGCGGCGGAGGCGUACAGCAAGGUGGUGGAUCUGGCCCCCAACCACUACGCCGCGCGGGUCACUCUGUCCUCUCUACAGCAGCAGAUGGGCUACAACGACCGAGCUCUUGAGGUCCUCACCAAUGCAACAGAUCCUUCGGGAGAAAGCCCUGCGACGUCGGAUCAGCUCCUGUUGCUGCACAAAUGUCAGUUGUUGCACUCCCAGGGACGUACGGAAGAUUUCAUCAGCUCUGGGCGGAGAUUGUUGUCCUACAACAUGCGAGGGGAAUACAGCCCAGACUUUCUGAAGAUAUUGUUGGCUAUAAGGACGAUGAAGUCACGCAAGAAGUUCUACCCUCAUCUGUCAGGCAAGAAAACAGAUGGAGAAGUCUCUGAUGAAAUUUCGGAGCUGGAGAAAGUGGAACAGGAGAAGUUCAAGGAGGACAUGUGGGAUGUCUAUCUCAAGCUGAUCAGGGCACUGCAUAAGGAAGGAGAUGAACAGGUUUUACUCAACACGGCUAUUCUUGGUAUCACCUGCCCUGCGUUUUGUGAGGACGAAGCCAAAGUGAAGGCAGCAGAAUUUCUUUGCCUGAAAUGUGGCCCUGUUAAUCAAAGUGUGUACAACUUGGCAAGAAACCUUGUUGGAGAUGAAAAGGAGCAUAACCAAGCUUGGAACCUAUUCUCGUACGUCGUUACAAAGUUCAAGGAUGUCCAUGACCUUCGUUUCGCAAUGAGGGCCCUGAUGAAGAAUCCUAACAGCAUGGCUCUUGGUAUGCUGAAUGGAAAUGCUCGUCUUAUCUCUGGCUCUUAUAAAUUGGCCCUUGGCGAGUACCUGUCCGUGUUCCGGCAGUCCCCGCACGCCCUGGCCGUUCUGUGCUGUGCUCUCUGCCUCCUGCACAUCACCUCACAGCUACACGCCGCUCGCAGGAACCAGCUCAUUCCGCAGAUCCUGUCUUUGUUAAAUGUUUACAAAGAGAUGAGAGGGGAGUGUCAGGAGGCCUACUAUAACAUCGGACGGGCCCUGUACCAGAUCAAUUUACACUUUGCUGCCAUACACUACUACAAGAGAGCACUGCAGUUUCCUCCGAUGGUUUCUGACCAACAUGGUACCUUUGAUUUGACGAGAGAGAUUGCCUUUAACCUGGCACAGAUUCACCAGAAGAGUAAGAACUUUGAGGCGGCGCGCUACUACAUCGAGAGAUACUGCGUGAUCUGAUGUCAUUGGUCAGACUCCGCUGUCACAGACGCACACAGAUAGAUCGAGAGUGACGGGGACGAAGACUGGCAGCCUGUCUGUGGUCAAAGGACUACACUUGACAUCCUCACCACUCUAGAAGCUGGUGUGUUUCUCUGAGUUUAGAGCCAAGUCUUUGUAUCAAAUGACUACACUCUGCUGCUGGCAUGAAUAAAAGUCUUCCUCCAGCAAAAAUUGGGGUGGACAAAAUUAAA